AUGAUCGUGGUAUCGCAAGCGUUGGGUGGAGCCCCGGAUGGAGUAUUUGUAGAGGAAACGGAAGUCGGUAUGGGAAACCACACCUAUCAACAGAUUUUCAACGCUAGUGAAAUGGAUAAUGCAACAACUAAACCACAUUAUGAUUUUUUCGUUUUGUCUCAAUUUAUCGCAGCGCUAAUAUGUUUUCCAAUAAUUUGCACGUUCGGAAUUAUCGGAAACAUUCUCAGUUUGAUCGUACUUCAACAAAAGAAAAUGUCCAGCUCGACAAAUACAUUUCUUUCAGCCAUGGCGAUUGCAGAUUCAAUUAAAUUGAUAAAUGAUGAGAUAUAUUUCGUGGUGAUAUUGAUGCAGCGCUAUAAUCCCGAAAUGAGCCAAACGGGAUUUGUACACAUAUAUCCCUACUCCCAUUUUGUUUUCAAUUGUGCAAUGUUGAUAACAUCUUGGAUAACUGUCAGUGUUGCAGUGGAACGCUACAUCUCAGUGUGUCAUCCUCACCGUGCUAAAAGUAUGUGCACUAUCCCCCGGGCCAGACUAGUAAGCUCUUGUGUCGCAAUUGGCAUGGCCAUAGUAGCUUUGCCAUCAGCCUUCAAAUACCACACAGUCGUCUCUAAGCCAUCGGAUAAUUCAACCCAGGGGAUAGUUAAUAUGACUAUAGAAUUGACAUCAUUUGGAAAAGACGUGUAUGCUAUGAACAUAUACACAUGGAUUCAGACUCUACUGCGCUCCAUUAUUCCGUUAUUUGUGCUUGUAUUUAUUAAUGCUUCAAUAAUACGUUCCCUUGGGAGAUCGAAAAUUCAGGGAGCCGCUAGUGCUGCCAGAUAUAGGAUCACCGUCAUGUUGGUCGCCAUCAUCGUCGUCUUCCUUAUUUGUAUCACUCCUGACGCCAUCAUGUCAACCUUUCUUGGCCUUGGUUACUACGAGGCUAACUAUCUGGUGCGUGGUAUCAGGGAAUUCACUGACUUGCUGCUUGCCAUCAACUCCGCUGUUAAUUUUGUAUUAUACUGUACAUUUAGUAAAGUUUUUAGAGAAACGUUUAUGACUUUCUUUUGCAAAUGCCACAAUAUCCAUAACGACUCGAAAAGUAUUAAUGAUUAUACAAGCGUUAAACAUGAUAACCACGAGAAUUCAACAAAGAGAGAACGAUUGAACACGGCAGAAACGGCGUCGAACCAGUCGACCCGACCGCUGUUCAACGGACAUCUGCAGACGGUGAACAAAACAAUUUCUCUGUCACAUGGCCCACAAGAAUUUGUCUAAAUUCCAAAGUGAUGUUAAAGUGCAUGUGUGUCAAUAUUUGUUUAGGCAUGAUAAACAGCGUUAUCUCGAAGUCUCUCACACGUGAUCUGCAUCCGAGACCAUAGCCAAGUGUUACGUGACUUCAUCAAGUAGAUCAAGAAUCCAAUUUUUUAUGGAGUUUACUGUGACGGUUUCCCUAAUUAACUAAUAAUUUGCAGUCGAUUGAUUGCCUGUGUAUCUUUGGAUUCACAUUGCAAAAACGUGGUUUGCACUUAGAUCUAUGACUGACUUGUAAAUCAGAGAUCAACCUCGGAAUAUUUACUUUGUGCGAUGAAGAACGUGAUGUACAAGAAUAUUAUAAUUAGUCUGCCAAUUGAUCGGCUAACUGUCUUGUUUUAAGCAUGGUUUCGUUACAGUGCUACUUAGUCCGUUACUUAGACUAUACUUAGACUGUAUAAUGUACCAUUGAUAGUUAUACGUGUAUAGCUGGUUUUCUAUGAUACAUA